AUGGAUUACACCAAAUUCAUUAUUUCUGUAACACUUGUAGUACUGAUAAAUUUUAUCACACUAUCGUAUUGUGAAAAUAAAUAUUCUAAGGAAGUAAAUGCUAAGUAUCAGAAGACUCCCCAUAAAGUACAAUUUGUUGAUGAAUCCAAUGUUAAUAUACGAAAUAUUAAUAAACCUUUCAGAAUGGCAAAGCUCAAUUUACUUUGGACAAAAGCCCAAUCGAGACUUACAGAACCUAAGCUGAAAUCACUGUUUUCUGAACUAAAAGUUCAUGAUAAGGAAGAGUUGAAUUUUAAAAAGCUAAAGGCUGAGGGGAAAGAUAAAGAUGGAUUACUUGAAGCAGACAUGAGAAAAAGAUUAGUAGGAAUAAUGAGUUCAUACGGUUUACUUGAGCAUUUUGAUGAUGUGAGUAAUCCACAAAAGCAUAGAGACCAUGAGCCUGCAAGUGGAAAAGUAAAUUAUAUGAAUAAAAGUCUUUUCAAGGACAAAAAACUAAACAAACUAUGGGAGAAAGCUGAAGCUUCUGGAUUCACUCCUGAGGAACUAAAUGUCCUACGACAAGAAUUUGAACACCAUCAAGAAAAGGUGGAUCAAUACUAUUCUGUCUUAAAUGAUGUUCAAAUGGGAGAUCAGGAUGCUACCAGGAAGAAUUCAGUCGAUACAAAACUGGAACAUUUGAAUGAAAUUGAUCAAGCUGAAGAAGGAGAUGAUAUAACUAAAGAUUAUUUGUCAAAAGUAAAUCAAUUAAGAGACAAACAUAGAGAUAUUAGAGAUGAUUAUGAUCGGUUAUACAGAAUUGCAAUGAGUGGACCAGACAGCAGAGAAUUUGUCGAGCCCAAAGUGCAAGGUUUAUGGAAUAUUGCGAUUAAAGCAAACUUCACUCCUGAUGAAUUGGAUUCAAUCAGGGUUGAAUUAGCACAUUAUGAAAAACGCCUAUUGAAAUUGAGAAGAAUGCAUGUUGACGCAGCUCUGGAGGAAGAAUUGAAGAAAAAAAGUAAAGACCUUGAUAAACUAUCAGCUGCUGAAAUAACUGAAGAUAUGAUAAAGAAGCAAACCAGAAAAGUUGCCAAAUUACAUUUAGAUAUCGAGUCUCGAAUUGCUGCUAGACAUUCAGAAUUGUAA